AUAUAGCUAACAGUGGCCUCUCAAUGGUCCGCCCAAAAUAAAGAGAUGUCGAUUUCUCUUUCGUUCAUCCCUUCUCUCAGCCUCCCUCAACCACCGAGCCUUAGCUGUAGCGCCACCGUUCCUAGAAGAUGCUUCUCUUCUAUCCGAUGCGGCCCACGCGACAACCGUGGACCUCUUCUCAAAGGUCGGAUCCUUAGCUCUGAAGCCAUCCAAUCGAUCCAGUCCCUCAAGCGAGCCAAUCGCACCGGCUCCCUCUCCCUUAGCCUCCCUCCUCUCCGCCGUCUCCUGAAGGCUGAUCUCCUUGCCGUUGUCCGCGAGCUUCUCCGUCAGGACCACUGCACACUCGCUGUCCACGUUCUCUCCACCCUCCGGUCCGAGUAUCCUCCUCUGGACCUCACUCUCUGCGCGGACGUCGUCAACGCCCUCGCCAGAAACGGAGAGCGCGAGGAGAUAGACAGUCUCAUCGGCGAAAUGGAGGGGAUUGAGGGAGGCUACGAGAACGACAAGGCUUUGGCGAAGCUGAUAAGGGCGGUGAUGGGAGCGGAGAGGAGGGAGUCGGCGGUGAGGAUAUACGCGAUGAUGAGAGAGGGAGGGUGGGGGUCGGAGUCGUGGGAGGCAGACGAGUAUGUUGCAGAGGUUUUGAGUAAGGGACUGAGGAGGCUCGGGGAGGAAGAACUUGCUGCUCAGGUGGCCUCCACUCAAAGAGUUUGGUUUUUUUUUUGGAAAUGGAAUAAGGAUACGUACGUGAGGGAGGGCUCAAGUGUGGACUACCCUCUCAACUUCUUCUUCUUCUAGUGGGGCUUUGUUACCGCCAAUUUCACCUAGCUGGUUCUUGAACUUCUCGAAUGCUACUCCCUCGGCUAGAUGGUUCUUGAGCCUCCCAAAGUGUUGAUAAAUUCUGGUCAUUUUCUCUGUUGUGUAUUUAUUCUAAUUAACGAGUCAGAAUUUAUUCUAAUUCAUAUUUAACACUUCGUGCCUAUGAAUGAUGUAUUUGAAGAUCUUGUUGUCACUCUGAGAAGCCAAUUCAGAAGCAUGUGUAUUCCGGCAACAUUCAUUUAGGGAGUGUUAAAAGAGCUUUUUGAGUUU